CGCGGCCUGCAGCUCCAUUAUGAGUUAUUAAACUCCACCACGGAGCAGAGCGCGCGCGUAUGGCAGCUGUUUUAAUUCAGAAAUAUUUACAGUUCACUCUGCUGCUCAGUGAAUGGAGCAGGAUCGAUCCGUGACUCCGUUCAUUCAUAUUUUUUUCAACUCGCCUCCGAUUCAUUAUAUUGGCGUGACCUAUGGCUGCAGGAGCGCGCGCGCCCAUAGGGACCCCCGCCCCGGAGGAUAUAAAUACAGGAGGAGGGCUCACAGCCGGAAUGUUUUCACUGCCUCAUCCUCCCUGCAGGACACCUGAAGUCUCAGCCUCUCUGACAACAUGAAGGGUUUGAGGACGAUCACAAUCACUUAUGUACUCACCCUUUUGCUGCUGGCCUCGUUUAUCUCUCAGUCGUGGAGCGCACCGAAGAGUUCUUUCCAGCGGAGGAACUGGACCCCUCAGGCGAUGCUCUACCUGAAGGGCACUCAGGGGCGCAGGUUCAUCUCAGAGGACAGAAAGGAAGGAGACGUCUACGACACGUUACACUUAGAGACGCGCAGUCAGAACACGGAGAAGCUGAGCGUGGAUCAGGCAGCCACCGUCCUGCUCAACUUCCUGCAGCAGGCCAAAGAGGGAGGCGAUGAAAACCCAGACGAGGUGUAUUUCCAGGAGCUGCCGGUGUGGAAGAGAGAAUAUUUCUGAUUGUCUUUCGUAUGUUUGUGAAGCUGUCGGACGGACUGGGUGUAAAUACGGAAUCUCUGAAAAUGUUUAAAAUGUGAUGUUUUAAUAAAAAGUUUGAAUUCAUAACACAA